UGAGCAGAUGCCGGGACUUGGCGAGAGGCUACAACCCCGGCGCGGUGUUCGCGACUGUAACCAGAUUUGCAGAGGUAGUCGCCUCUGGAGAGGGGCUCGGCGCCCGGCGAGGACUACAGGCGAUGACUCAGGAUGCAGCCAGGCGCCACCACGUGCACAGAGGACCGUAUCCAGCAUGCCCUGGAGCGCUGUUUGCACGGGCUCAGCCUCAGCCGCCACUCCUCCUCCUGGUCAGCGGGGCUGUGUCUGAACUGCUGGAGCCUACAGGAGCUGGUCAGCAGAGACCCGGGCCACUUUCUUAUCCUCCUUGAGCAGAUUCUGAAGAAAACCCGAGAGGUCCAAGAGAAGGGCACCUACGACCUCCUGGCUCCGCUAGCUCUGCUCUUCUAUUCCACUGUGCUCUGUACACCACACUUCCCGCCCGACUCAGAUCUCCUUCUGAAGGCAGCCAGAACCUACCACCGCUUCCUGACCUGGCCUGCUCCUUACUGUAGCAUCUGCCAGGAACUCCUCACCUUCAUUGACGCUGAACUCAAGGCUCCAGGAAUCUCCUACCAGAGGCUGGUGAGGGCUGAGCAGGGCCUGCCCACAAGGAGUCACCGCAGCUCCAUUGUCACUGUGCUGCUGCUGAAUCCACUGGAGGUGCAGGCUGAGUUCCUAGCUGUGGCCAACAAGCUGAGCGCGCCCGGGCACUCUCCCCACAGCGCCUACGUCACACUGCUCCUGCAUGCGUUCCAGGCUACCUUCGGGGCCCACUGCGACCUCCAGGGCCUGCACUGCUGGCUGCAGUCUAAGACCCUGGUGGAGCUUGAGGACAUCUUCAUGGAGACCGCAGAGGCUCAGGAGCUGGCAUCUGGCAUCGGGGAUGCAGCUGAGGCCCGGCCGUGGCUCAGGACCAAGCUGUGGGCAAUAGGAGAAAAAGCCGGCUUCUCUGGUAUCUUAGACACUGCUAAGCCUGGCAAACUCCACACCAUCCCCAUCCCUGUGGCCAGGUGCUAUACCUACAGCUGGAACCAGGACAGCUUUGACAUCCUGCAGGAAAUCCUGCUCAAGGAACAAGAGCUGCUCCAGCCAGGGAUCCUGGGGGAUGAUGAGGAGGAAGAGGAGGACUUGGACACCGAUGGACACUGUGCAGAGAGGGACUCUCUCUUCUCCACCAGCUCCGGGGCCUCCCGGGACUCCACCCUGUCGUUGGCCUACUCUCAGGCCUCAGGGCCUGCCCUCUCCCGCCAGUUGCUGACCUCCUUCGUCUCAGGCCUCUCAGACGGCAUAGACAGUGGCUACGUGGAGGACAGCGAGGAGAGCUCCCCCGAGUGGCCCCGGAAGCCUGGCAGCCAGGAGCGCCGGGCUCACCGCAGACCUGGGCAGUUAAACCGGAUCUAUAAACUCUUCAAGAGCACCAGCCAACUGGUACUGAGGAGGGAUUCACGGAGCCUGGUGGGCACCACCGAUGAGGUCCUCCCAUUGCGGCGGGCAGGGAGCCUGUGCACCCCCCUGGACGACCUGGUCCCGCCCCCCAUGCGCGCCCAGCGUUCCCACUCCUUGCCCCAGUCCAAGCUCAGCGCCCAGUUGCCCAGCUGGCUCCUGGCCCCUGCCUCACGCCACCAACGCCGCCGACCCUUCCUUAGCGGGGAUGAGGACCCCAAGGCCUCUACGCUCCGUGUGAUGGUCUUCGGUUCUGAUCGGAUUUCGGGCAAGGUUGCUCGGGCUUAUAGCAAUCUGCGGCGGCUAGAGAACAAUCGCCCACUCCUCACCCGGUUCUUCAAGCUGCAGUUCUUCUACGUGCCUGUGAAGCGGGGCCCUGGGACCGGAACCAGUACCUGCCCAGCCCCUCCGAACCAAACACCCUCGCUCCCCACCGACUCCCCAAGGCACCCCAGCCCUACACAGUUGGGUUCAGUGCCCUGGGAAGACAGUACCAAUGACAUCUCCCACUACCUCGGAAUGCUUGACCCCUGGUAUGAGCGCAACGUGCUGGGCCUCAUGCACCUGCCCCCUGAAGUCCUGUGCCAACAGUCUCUGAAGUCAGAAGCACAGCCCCUGGAAGGCUCCCCAGCCCAGCUGCCCAUCCUUGCUGACAUGCUGCUCUACUACUGCCGCUUCGCUGCCCGGCCCGUGCUCCUGCAGGUCUACCAGACAGAGUUGACCUUCAUCACUGGGGAGAAGACCACAGAGAUCUUCAUCCAGUCCCUGGAGCUGGGUCACUCUGCUGCCACACGGGCCAUCAAGGCUUCAGGUCCCGGCAGUAAGAGACUGGGUAUCGAUGGUGACCGGGAGGCUGUCCCUCUAACACUACAGAUUAUUUACAGUAAGGGUGCCAUCAGUGGACGGAGUCGCUGGAGCAAUAUGGAGAAGGUCUGUACCUCUGUCAACCUCAACAAGGCCUGCCGGAAGCAGGAGGAGCUAGACUCCAGCAUGGAGGCCCUGACGCUAAACCUGACAGAAGUGGUAAAGAGGCAGAACUCCAAAUCCAAGAAGGGCUUCAACCAGAUCAGCACAUCACAGAUCAAAGUGGACAAAGUGCAGAUCAUCGGUUCCAACAGCUGCCCCUUUGCUGUGUGUCUGGACCAAGAUGAGAGGAAGAUCCUGCAGAGUGUGGUCAGGUGUGAGGUCUCACCCUGCUACAAGCCAGAGAAGAGCAGCCUCCCACCACUUCAGAGGCCCCCUUACCCACUCGCCCAGACUGCACCUGACCUCUGCUCCCUUCUCUGCCUACCCAUCAUGACUUUCAGCGGAGCUCUUCCCUAGCAUGACACAAGGCUGAUCUGGAAACCUGGGGGCAGCCUCCCCUGGGCCCC